UAAGUUAAGGAGUGACGAUGAUUUGAUUGACCCCUCCACUCCAAAAUAGUAAUGUGUACGUUAUUCAUAAUAUUAACACAUUAAUAUUCCUUAACCUAAAUUUAUUAAACUGAAAGUAGUCUUGGUGAUUCGUAGCAAGCUUCAGUUCAGUCAUGGGAGGCUUUCGCGUGACCUACAAACGAACGCACCGUGGUGGCCCUUCGUUUUGGUCCUUGAGAGAGGGGAGCAAAGCCCUGCUCGCGCUCGCCCGUCAGCGCGACUUGCGUCCUUUCCACCCUGAGUCUGCGUGGCGCCGUACGCAUGCGGGUCGCCCCGUGCGACCCCCGGCAAGAUGGCGGCCAACAUGGCCGCCGGGCAGCCGCAGGAUGCUCCGUCACGCCGCUCCCGGCUGAAACGGCCUUAACGCGAUCUCGCGGCGGCCGAACGCCUCGGCACGCACUUCCGUGCACGUUUCCUCGUAAUCGAUUCGCCGACCCCACAGCCUGCGCGCCCAGACACCCGCCUCGCGUGCAACAAGUGCCGCCUCGCCGACAUAAACUACGCACCGGCAUUACAUGCUGACAGUGAUGUGAUCGCAGUUCGCUUACAAAUAUAGAAGGUGCCCUUUUGCCGAGUGGCGGCGCGGGUGAGCCGGGCGGCGCGCUGAGUGACGUCGGCGCUCAUGUUCCCCGCGCCGCGCGAACGUCAACAGUGCCGCGUCACGGACUAUCUCCGCGAACGCGAACCCGUGCCGCGACCGCGACGAACACAAAUAACAUCAACACGCGUCGGCGUGCCCCACCAUACCUCCGCCGCCUGCCGCACGACACCGCGCCCGUCGUAUUAUAAACAAUGAGUGAACGCGAUAGACGACUGGAUGGUUUCGUGAGAAUAAUUAUAUAAACAGAUUUUUAUAAAACCGUUGAUUAGCAGUGAAGUGAAGAUAUGACGAUAACAUCGUACGGAGUGCGAGCGGGCCGCGUGUCGAGGCGAGUGCAGUAGUGGUCGUGUGCGCGGCGAGGCGGACGCGCGCUGCACGUGCACGGUGGACUGUGAUGCAUGUGCGAGCGUGCGGAGUGUGCGGAGCGUGUGGGGCGGCUGGUAGAGGCGCGCGGCGGCCGGCACUGCGCUAGCCGCACCAUGCUGAGCCUGGUGUUUGCGGUGUGGUCGGCGGCGCGUGCGCUCGGCUGGUCCUGCGAUCUAGGGACCACGCCCGACGGCGAGGGCGACGUCGACGCGGAAGAGGCACCGGUGCUGCCGCGGCUGCGCUCCGCGCGCGCCUCCAGCGACCUGUCCACACUUAGUACCACCACCACCAGCUCCAGUCAGACCAGUAGCGGAGAUCACUCCAAAAGGUGGAGUGAGGCUCCAAGACGAUGGAGUGCACGUGGGUCGUCGCGGCGACCAUUGAGGAGGCCGCCCGUGUCCGCAAGAAGACGGACUACUGGCAGCUUCGACGUCGAGAAUGGCGGGGCGGCGGGUGGCGCGGGGGGUGCGCGCUCCCCGCUGGAGGGGGGCUCCCCCUCCGCCGCCUUGGUGCUGCAGGCGAUGCCGCAGCGCCGAGAGUCCUUCCUCUACCGAUCUGACUCGGACUUCGAGAUGUCGCCAAAGUCAAUGUCCAGGAAUAGUUCCAUCGCCAGCGAAAGAUUCAAGGAGGCCGAAGCUGCACAACUGGACAGAGCCCACGGCGAAGACUUGAUAGUGACGCCGUUCGCGCAGGUGCUGGCGAGCCUGCGUAGCGUUCGCAACAACUUCAUGGCGCUCACAAAUGUACCCGUCGGAAAAUCGCGGAGGUCCUCGGGGGUGGCUACGGCUGUUACUCCGCAGCCCAAAAACUUUAAUCCAGGAGACGAAGCCUACAUGAAGCUAGCAUUGGAGACCGUUGAGGAGUUGGACUGGUGUUUGGAUCAGCUGGAGACUAUUCAAACACAUCGGUCCGUGUCCGAUAUGGCGUCUCUUAAGUUCAAACGCAUGCUCAACAAGGAACUGAGCCACUUCUCCGAAUCCAGUAAAUCCGGCAACCAGAUCUCUGAAUAUAUCUGCUCCACUUUCUUGGAUAAACAACAAGAGUUGGACUUGCCGUCCUUGCAAGUUGAAGAAAACACUGAACGCACCAAGAAGAAAGAAAAGCCACGUCAUGGCGGGCCCGGAGGUACCAUGUCACAAAUAUCCGGUGUGAAGAGGACACUGACACAUACAAACAGUUUCACAGGCGAGCGCGUGCCGAGAUACGGCGUGGAAACACCUCACGAGGAGGAGCUCGGCCGUUUGCUCGGAGAACUGGAUCGCUGGGGCGUCGACAUCUUCCGCAUUGGCGACUUGACGUGCGGCCGUCCACUGACAGCAGUCGCCUACGCCGCAUUCACAUCGCGCGAACUCCUCAACACGCUGCAGAUUCCCGCACGCACUUUCAUAGCGUUCGUAGUCACCCUCGAGGAGCACUAUGUGCGUGACAAUCCUUUCCACAACUCUCUGCACGCCGCUGACGUGACGCAAUCGACGAACGUGUUGCUCAAUACGCCGGCACUCGACGCCGUGUUUACGCCAAUCGAAGUGUGCGCCGCGCUGUUCGCUGCCUGCGUGCACGACGUUGACCAUCCCGGUCUCACCAACCAGUUCCUGGUCAACUCGAGUUCAGAGCUCGCUCUCAUGUAUAACGACGAGUCGGUACUAGAGAACCAUCAUCUCGCUGUCGCUUUUAAACUGCUUCAGAACGACGGGUGCGACAUCUUCGUCAACCUCCACAAGAAGCAGAGGCAGACGCUGCGCAAGAUGGUAAUAGAUAUGGUGCUCUCCACGGACAUGUCGAAGCACAUGAGUCUUCUCGCAGAUCUCAAGACCAUGGUUGAGACUAAGAAAGUGGCCGGUAGCGGCGUCCUGUUGCUCGACAACUACACGGAUAGGAUACAAGUGCUGGAGAAUCUCGUGCAUUGUGCCGAUCUGAGUAACCCUACCAAACCAUUACCGCUGUACAAGCGCUGGGUCGCUCUGCUCAUGGAGGAGUUCUUCCAACAGGGCGACCGCGAGAGGGAGCAGGGGAUGGAUAUAAGCCCGAUGUGCGACAGGCACAAUGCUACUAUUGAGAAAUCUCAAGUCGGUUUCAUCGACUAUAUCGUGCAUCCGUUGUGGGAGACUUGGGCAGACCUCGUUCAUCCUGACGCCCAGGACAUACUGGACACACUGGAGGAGAACCGAGACUACUACCAGAGCAUGAUACCACCAUCGCCACCGCCGGCACCCGUCUCCGCAUCUCAUUCCGGAGCCGACGACGAUCGUCCCGAACAAAUACGCUUCCAGGUAACAUUAGAGGAGGGUGAGGGCUCCGAAGAGUGCGAGGGGGAGGGAGACGGUGGAAUGUGACGGAAACUACUGGGAAUCUGCAAGAAACUCUCUGAGAAGAUGCAGGUGUGGUGGAAGCUCUGGCAAUAGACGCCCCAGGCUGCGCCCUUGUCGGAAUAGUAAUACACUUGUUAACGCUUAACGUCGGAGCCGCGUGCAGCACGCGCCCGCUCCGACACUAUUUAUAUAAAUACUACGCAAUGUUGUCUAGAGUUACCUAACGACUCAAUAUGUCCCUCCAAUGACUGUGUAACAUUCGAUCGUCUAGUGUUUUUACUAUCCUUUCAUUUUGUCGUGUAACCAAAGAGCUGUGUGGUGGUUUGGUCGAGUCGUCUGUCUCUCUCCCGUGUCCCUCGUGUCAGUAGUCGAUAUUCGCUCGUAACGUUACGGUGUAAGUAGCAUUAGAGGUCGGCGCCGCGUGACCGGCGCUGGCUAAGUAAGGACAUUGAAAACGCUUAUUAAUUGGUAUGAAAGGGUAAUUUAUAUUGUCAUAUCAUCCACUUUCUCAUAUUUAAUACGGGUUUGCGAUAAUGAUGUUGUUCACCAAAAUAUAUUAACGUUAUAGGUAUCCUAAAAUAAAAUACUAUUUUAAGGUAAAUUUUAAAAACGCCUUUUCGGAGUUGUUGUUGUAUCGUUUUUUCUAAAUAUUUAAUAUUCGACGCCUCUCGCCGAAUGACACUACCGAGAACAUCCUGUUAGAUAGCUUUACUUGAUUUGAAUAAACUUGUAGCACCUCAUUUCUAACGAAGGAUCGCUGGCGAUCCCCUUAUUUUCUCUUUAGAGUAAUGUAUUAUUUUUGUAAAUUACGUACAUAUUUUAAUUCUAGUUUCAUUCGCUUUAAUAGUCAUCUUAAAAAUAGGUAUAUUUAAAUAUCUUCGCGUAUGCAUCUAACGAACGGCUUGAGUCUUUGAACCGAACUAAUAGUACUAACAGAGGCGUGGUUUGCGACAGUACUAAUUAAGAGGCAUACGAUAGUGACGUGGGCCGGGUCUUGCAAUAGUACUUCUAAGUAGAUAGUUUCCGAAACUGCGCACAACGAUAUUCUCUCUCGUAUCAAUGUAAAUGCUCAUUUCACUAAACUCGAAGUAUAUAUGUAUGUAUCUGUAUACAUGUAAAUGUGCCUAGCUUGUUGUCCUCGCGAAGCCUCAGAUCUGAAUCCGCGGCUCGCAUCCUUUAUUUGUAGCCAUUACCAAAGUAGUGAUUAGGUUCUAGAUGCCUCAACCCAAUAAUCUACCUUGAUUAAACUCAUUCCCGUAUUCGUUUACAUUGGGGGUGUAAUACUUAAUCAACUGUAUUAUGUGCAUUUUAUAGAAGCCGUCAUCUUAGUUUACGAUUUUAUUAUUUGUGAGCUGGUCUCUGUUUUUUAUGUACUCAAAAGAUAUUUGUUUGCUAUAAAUAAUCGUUCAAAUAAUUUCUCGCGAUCAUAUUUGUUUGUUGCAACGGAAUAGUUACACUUAUUAACUACGGACAGUAUUACCCUGUUAAUCGCACUAAUCAUUCAUCGGUGUUAAGAAUAAAGGUCCAAUGUACAAUAUUUUCGUAGGUAAAUUAAGAUUCAACAGGCGACCAAAUAUUCUGUCGUCUUUAACAUUCUUAAAAAUAAUAAUUUUUUAUUUUAAAAUUUCACAUAGUAGAAUUCGAUGUGUCAAAAGUGACGAAAUUAAUUUGGAACGCUUAUCUACAGUAUAUAAUAUAUGUGUAUGUUUAAACAAAUCAUUACGCUUAUAAACGAUGGUUUAAAAUUAUGGUAACAAUUGUGUAUGUAUGUUAAUGUUGGGUAAAGAUAUUUGUACUAUAUUAUGAUCUGUGUAAAGAACUUUCUUACGUACUCAGUAAGUAGAAUACCAUAUUCAUUCGUAAUUUAAGAAGACACUGCAUCUUGGACAAAAUCUUAGAAUUACCGUUAUUGUUCUGAAAUACUUCCAAAUUCGUCAAGUAUAAUUGUUCACAUUUGUAAAUGUUUAGUCGUGGCAAUAUUUACUUUAUCUGUGGCAGAACGUUGUAGCAGCUGCACUGCCGAUUAUUUGGUAAAAUUCUGAUUCGAUGUACUUUCUGCAACCUCCUCCUUUGAAAGUCCUUUACGAAUUUGGAACAUUUUACUUUUAAAGAUGACAAAUUAGCAGAUGUUAUUUCCUAUAACCUACUCGAAAAUACUAAAUUGUAUAGAUUUAAAUAUGCUUGCUGUAAAAACUUCGUUGCAGUUAAUAGAAACUAUAACAUGUAUUAAAUGUUUAUUACUGUAAUCAAAUAACAUAAAGUGAUCGUAAUAUAUCCCCUAUCGUUUAAUCGUAUUUUGUUUGUUUUGUUUUUUGUUCAUCUAACUCGAUUUUUACCAAAGAGCAAAGUUCAAAGGUUUUAUGUGAUAUUUUAUUGAGUUGGCUAUAUGUACAUCUGGCAUGUCAUAAUUUUACUUGAAUCCUGUAGUCUCUCCCUGAAGCUUGGAGCGCCAAUAUUUUAUUGAUGUGGAGAACUAUCGCUAAUAUGAAUAAUAUUUAGAUAAAUUAUUAUAAAUACCGAGUUAAAAGUGUGCAAUGCUGGACAUUUGCAUUACUUUAUAUGUUUAAAUAAAAUAGCUUGUAAUAGUUUU